UCAUCACCCCUCCUAGUGAUUGAUGUGUUCCAGCUGCAGCAGUGCUGCCUUUGGGAGCAGGGGACUGCUGAGAGCCCAGGCCUCAGGAACAACUCAUCUCCCUUUUCUAUCUAUUGGCUCCAGACAUGGGCCUUUUGCCCACGCUGAACCUCUCUCCCUCACUUAACUCAAGGUGCCACCUCUGCCAGGAGGCCUUCCUGGAUUCCCUGGGUGUUUAUUGGUGCCCUUGAGGUUCACUGUGUCCCCUGUAGGGGAGAGCAGGCUCCCAGGGCUGGAUUGAAACAGAAAGCCUUGCAGCAGGAUGAAGAGGAGUGCAGGGGAGCACUUCCAGAUCCCCCAGGAGGUAGCCCAGAAGCCCUGCUUCUCAGAGGUCAGAGGUCUGGCUCCAGGACCCCAGACAGUCUAGAGCCACCUCCUUCCUCUGUCUAUGACAGAACUCCAAGUUGUCAGGGUUGGCUCCCUGCAGAAGUGGAGCUCAGGGUCCCAAAGAUGGGGAUGAGGGAGGGGCAUCUUGGGACCCUAGGUGGGCACUGCAUCCCUGAACAGCCUCAGGUUUCCUAAGAUGGGCAGCAGAGCAGCCGAUGGGGAAUGUCAGAGACUGGGCCUGGCCCCUGGUGAUGCCCAGAGGCUGGUGGGGGGGGGGGGGGGGCAUCUAGUAGGCACCCAUUGUGAGCCAGGCAGGAUGCCAGAGGCUGGAAAUGCAAGGGAGACACCCUUUCCCUUCCCCAAGUGGGCAGAGAGGGUCUUGGUGCAGGAGGGAAGGGGCGGAGAGUGUGGAGAGGUCCCGCCCAGUCCAGGCGGAAGACCCGUCCCAUUCUUGCCUAGCCUCUUCCUCUCCGAGACCCGUGACUUCCGGCGGUGCUUCCGGCAGAUACCAUGGCGGCUGCGGCUGGCGUCGGGGUUGUGCGGCGGCGCGUGGCGUGUGCCGUGUCCGGGGGUGUGGACAGCGCCGUGGCCGCGCUCCUGCUACGCCGCCGAGGCUAUGAGGUCACUGGCGUGUUCAUGAGGAACUGGGAUGCGCUGGACGAGGUCAGCGGGAGCGGCUGUUCUGCUGACAGAGACUGUGAGGACGCGGCCCGUGUGUGUCGGCUGUUGGACAUCCCGUUCCGCCAGGUGGCCUUCGUCAAGGAGUACUGGCACCACGUGUUCACGGAUUUCCUGAGUGAGUACGAGAAAGGCCGGACCCCGAACCCCGACAUCCUGUGCAACAAACACAUCAAGUUCAAGGCCUUCUUCCACUACGCACUGGACUGCCUGGGAGCAGACGCCAUGGCCACUGGCCACUACGCCAGGACGUCCCUGGAGGACGAGGAAGUGUUUGCACAGAAGGAGGAGCCCAGGCCCAGGGGGCUCUUCAGGAACCGCUUUGAAGCCCCCCAGGAGGCCCUGCGCAGAACUCUCUUCCCCCUUGGGGGGCUCACCAAGGCUUUUGUGAAGAAGAUUGCAGCUGAGAAUGGUCUCCAUCACGUGCUGCAGAGGAAAGAGAGUAUGGGUAUCUGCUUCAUUGGGAAAAGACACCUGGAAAGUUUCCUGCUCCAGUAUCUGCAGCCGCAGCCGGGGAAUUUUGUCUCCAUAGAAGAUAACAAGGUUUUGGGGACUCACCAAGGUUGUUUCCUGUUCACCUUGGGUCAAGGAGCAAAAAUUGGGGGCCUGAGAGAUCCCUGGUACGUGGUCGAGAAGGACCUGAGGAGCGGGGAUGUGUUUGUGGCCCCUGGCCCGGACCAUCCAGCCCUCUACCGGGACCUGCUGCGCACAGGCCGAGUACACUGGAUCGCUGAGGAGCCCCCAGCCCCACUGGUCCAGGACAAGAUGAUGGACUGUCAUUUCCGUUGGCGGCACCAGAUGGCGCUAGUGCCUUGUGUGUUGACGCUCAAUCAGGACGGCACUGUGUGGGUGACAGCAGUGAAGCCAAUGAAAGCCCUCGCCCCAGGCCAGUUUGCCGUGUUCUAUAAAGGGGACGAAUGUCUCGGCAGCGGAAAGAUCCUAAGGCUGGGGCCGUCUGCGUACACAUUGCAGCUGGGAAAGUCCAGAAUGACCAAAGAGGCCUCGGACAGCCACCAGGGCCUUGGCCCCAGCUUGGGCUCCGAUAGUUGAGGAUCUAAGAGUGGGUGAGCCAGCUGGGACCAUGCCAGGCUGGACACCGGGCCCAACCCAAGGCUCCUGUGUUGUCAUGGUGACAGCAGGGACCUCUUGAGGCCUUCUUGGAGUGGGAGGGGAUCUUGGGCAACUCCCACCAGGGAAAAAUACCAAGGACUGGGCCAGAGAGGGUGUCACUGGGCCCACAGCACAGCCAUGGAGGUGCUGACAGGCUGUGUUGGAGGUGGGCAGAUCCCCAUCCAGCCACCUCGACUGCCCAGACUGUUCAGUCCUGGCAUUUGUGUGAAGGUUCCUUUAUGCCCAACCUCAGUCCAUAUGACAUGAGCGUUGGAAGCCGAUGUGUGGCCAGGAGGGUUUUCUGUCUGUCCCUGCUGGGCUGCCUGUGGGGGUGACUCCCAGCAUUUCCUUUCCCAUCCUUCCCUCCGUGCUUCAGAUGAGAGGCUUUGGGGCCCGGGGAGGCCCUGGCCAUGUCUGGACACUUGGCCUGAGCCCUAGGAGCAGGGCUGUGGGUAGGAGCUCAAGGAGGCCCCUGGAGGGCUGGGAGUCGGAGACCAGCCUAGCUCGUUCUUGUGCGUCCAGGGAGAGCUCCCCAACGUUUCCCUCUGCCACAGAAGCCAGACCCGAGAAAACCCUGCUGUGUUUCAGGUGUCUCCCAAGGCAAUGGCCUGGAACAUGGGCAGGUAGGCAGGCUGGUCCACCCUUCAGAAAUAAAAAAGACUGAAAUGGA